CUGUGGAGGAGAGUCUAGUGAGGAUCCCAACAUGUGGAUGGGUGAGCGCAUGGUCCAGCCAUGAGCACUAUGCUGAGUCCCAAGAUCAGACAGACGAGGAGAGCCAGGUCUAAGAGCAUGGUGAUGGGAGAACUGACACGGAGCUCGAGUCGGCCAUCUUCCCCAGGCCUCCAAGAGAGGGCACUGAAGGCUGGCUGGCUGAAGAAGCAGCGCAGCAUCAUGAAGAACUGGCAGCUACGCUGGUUCGUGCUUCGCACUGACCAUCUCUAUUUCUACAAAGAUGAAGAGGAAACCAAACCACAGGGCUCCAUCCCAUUACAUGGCUGUCAAGUUAACGAGCUGAUGACCAAUCCAGAUGAACCUGGACGUCAUCUUUUCGAGAUAGUUCCAGGUGGAGAGAAGGACAGAUCAGCUCUGAGUCAUGAGGCCUUCCUGCUUAUGGCAAACUCUCAGAAUGACAUGGAGGAUUGGGUCAAAGCCAUCCGGCGCGUCAUUUGGGCUCCUUUUGGAGGAGGGAUCUUCGGUCAACAUCUAGAGGACACAGUGCUAUAUGAGAGGAAGUUUGGGCCCCGGCUGGCCCCUCUGUUGGUGGAGCAGUGCGUGGACUUCAUACGGGAGCAGGGGCUGAAAGAGGAGGGGCUCUUUCGCAUGCCAGGACAGGCAAACUUAGUCAAAGAACUCCAGGACGCUUUUGACUGUGGUGACAAACCUCUGUUUGACAAUAACACUGAUAUCCACACGGUGGCGUCUCUCCUGAAGCUCUACCUCAGGGAGCUGCCUGAGCCUGUCAUCCCCUUCAGCAAAUAUGAAGAUUUCCUCACCUGUGCCCAGCUCCUGCUCAAGGACGAGGAAGUGGGACUCAGCGAGCUAGCUAAGCAAGUGAAGACUCUUCCUCAAGCCAAUUACAACCUGCUGAAAUACAUCUGCAGAUUCUUGGAUGAAGUUCAGUCCCACUCAAAUGAAAAUAAGAUGAGUGUUCAGAAUCUUGCAACAGUGUUUGGACCAAAUAUCCUUAGACCUAAAAUCGAAGAUCCUGUCACAAUGAUGGAGGGAACGUCACAGGUACAGCACCUCAUGACACUGCUGAUCAGUGAGCAUGAAAGGCUUUAUGGUGGUGUGGAGUCCUGUGUGUCUGGCGAAGAGGGAGAGGCUUCUCCCCGUGGUCAGCGCAGCACGGUGGGAUGGCUCUCAGAGGAAUCAAACCAGCGCUGCCCCUCCUCCAGCCCUGCUUCCAGCAUCGCCAAUGCCACAUGCGGGAGUGCCACAUCCCUGGAUACAAAUGCAGGUGGACCCACCAGUGGCAGGCCGCCAUCGCAGGGGAAAGGCAUGCAAGCGGUCAGCCCCAGCAAGCAGCCCAGGACCCUCUCAUCCUGGAAAUGCACCUUCAAAGGAAGUGUGGUGCGUGCUCAGCCGGCCAAGAUUGGUGGUUCGUCUGUAGAUGUAUCGAGCCUGCCUGCCACCAGCAACUGGCUGAUGAACGGACUCUCCUCACUGCGAAGCCACCGGCGCACGUCUUCGGGGGAGCGUGUGGGCAAGGACUCACCACUCUCGCACCGCCUGUCCACCUAUGACAACGUGACCUCGUCCAGCCUGAGUGUGCCCAGCGUGGCCAGCACGCCCUGGUCCACAUCCUCCUGUGAGAUAUCAGUGUCCGAGUCAGUGUGCAGUGACCAGUCCAGGCUGAGCUCGAGCAGGGCUGAGUGGUCAGAGGCAGGCUCUGACCAGGCCGGGGUUGAAGGGAGGGCACCGGAGAUGACAAAGAGCGGCGAUGGGAUGGAGCUAUGCGUAAGAAGCACAGGGUGCUGUGAGAACGGGAAUGUGGAGGGUCGUGGGCAUGUGGCAGAAGAUGCUGAGGACAAGUCGUAUGCACUUAGCAGCCUAGUGACAGAGCUGAAAGAUGAACUGAAGAAGCAGAAGAUUCUUUAUGAAUCCCAAAUACGAAAACUGGAAGAGACAAGUGCAUCCCUGCAUGAGCAAGUUGACAGGCUAGAGGAGGAAUUAGACCAGGAGAAGAAGAAAUACAGAAUGUUGGAAAUUAAACUGCACAACUCAGAGCGGGCCCGUGAGGACGCUGAGAGGCGCAACCGUCUCUUGCAGAGUGAGAUGGAGGAGUUCUUCUCCACUUUAGGGGAUCUGAGUAUGGGAGCAAGGACAAGCAAAAUGUGACACUGAACAAACAAAGCCAGUGUUCUAGAGGGCACUGUAAAUCUCUUUACUCAUGUAUCAUGGGUAUUCUGAGUGGUUACAACACUGUUGAGAUUCAGUGCACCUUGAUGGCAUGGCACUCUGCAGAUGCAUGAGUGGACUGUGG